UUUCAUAAAGAAGAUUGAGAUCUAGAGAGAGAAGAAGCAAAAAAACAAGUUAUAAUAGAGAAAUUGAGAGAUGGGUUUUGUAUAGGGCUGCGUGUUUUGUUGUAUUAUUUCAAGCAUUUUCCCAAUUUUACACCAGAGGAGAGAGAGAAGAACAAAGAACGAAGAACAAUGUUCGAAGGAUCAGUGUCCGAGCAGCUUCAUCAAUUCUUAGCUCCAAGAACAACAACGACUACAACAACAACAACGCCACCGAAUUCUAAUUCUCUUCCGUUUCUUCUUCAUUCUCCAAAUUUCAACUUCCACCCAUUUGAUUCUUACAAUCCAUCUUCUAAUCACCAUCUUGUUCAUCAAUCUUCCGAGAACGAUAACGAGACGACGACGACGACAACGACAAUGGCGAAUUUGUCGGUGGCCAUGGAUUUGGAGGAGGAUCAUCAUCAUCAUAAUCAAUGGAGCAAUGAUGAGCUUCUUGCCCUCCUCAGAAUCAGAUCCAACAUUGACAAUUGCUUCCCUGAAUCCACUUGGGAACAUGUUUCAAGGUACAGAAAAUUAGGAGAGGUGGGCUUCACAAGAACACCAGAGAAAUGCAAGGAGAAAUUUGAAGAUGAGAGUAGGUAUUUCAACCACAUUAACUACAACAAAACUUGCAUGUUCCUCACUACUCAUGAGCUUAACUAUCAUCAAGAAACCGAGGACGGUGGGGCCGUCGUAGUAGUACCCGAAGAAGCCAAACACGAAAGGGGAAACGACAACAACGACGACAACGACGAGCAACAACAGAGUAGUAAAUCGAAGAAGAAGAGGAAGACGAGGACGACGAGGCAAAGGGAAUUUGAAGUGUUGAAGGGUUAUUGUGAGGAUAUUGUGAAGAACAUGAUGAUCCAACAAGAGGAGAUUCAUUCAAAGCUUUUACAUGAAAUGUUGAAGAGAGAAGAAGAGAAGAUUGCUAAAGAGGAGUGUUGGAAGAAGCAACAAAUGGAGAGAUUUCAUAAGGAGCUUCAAAUGAUGGCUCAAGAACAAGCCAUUGCAAGUGAUAGACAAGCUACAAUCAUUGAAAUUUUGAAUCAAAUUUCAAUUUCAAACCCUUUUUCUUCCUCUAAAUCCAAAAAGGAUUUACAAAAUUUGCUUCAUUCAUUGAACCAUCAUCAUAAUAAUAACAAUAAUCUCCCUAAUUCUCCUUCUUCCUCCUCCUUAAUCCAAACCCAAAACCCUAAAAACCCUAGUUCAUCAACCCAAAUCCUUCCUCCUCAAGACCCGAAUUCAAACCCGCCACCAUUUUCCAUUCAAAAGCUUCCCCAAAACCCGAAAACUCGAGAAAAGGAGGUAGAUGACGUGGGAAAACGAUGGCCGAGAGAUGAAGUGUUGGCUCUAGUGAACGUGAGGUGUAGCCUUUACGACAACAACAGCAACAACAACAACAACAGUGAUCAGGAUAAGAGCGGUGGCACGGAUCAAGCAACGUUGCUAAAAGCGCCGUUGUGGGAGAGAAUCUCGCAAGGAAUGCUUCAAUUGGGUUACAAGAGAAGCGCCAAGAGAUGCAAAGAGAAAUGGGAGAAUAUAAACAAGUACUUUAGAAAGACGAAAGAUGUGAACAAGAAGAGAUCUAUUGACUCAAGAACUUGCCCUUAUUUUCACCAACUCAGUACAUUGUACAAUCAAGGAGGGAAUAGGAGCAUGGAAAACUUGCCGGAUAAUGUUGUCCGAAAACCACUAUGACCUGUCGCAAAACCUCCUAGAUUUGUAUUACAUGUCUGAAAUAACGUUGUUGGUUCGAGGCUAUUUGUAAGUUGUCUUGGAUUCUUUUUUUGCAUAAUAUACAUUAUAUUAGUUUA